GCCCAAAUCUGCAUUUAAAUUGCGCCAAUCUUCAGCAAGUAGAGGAAGAAAAUUUUACACUUAAACAGGUGAGACAAUCUAGUUUUAUGAACUCACUCUCUAAACUUAUGGCUUACUCUUACGGCAGUUCAAGACUCGCUCAUUUGUUUUUAGAGUAGGAGUAGUGUCAACUUCCGGUCUCGCGUCAUUUUUUCCACUUGGAAAAAUGAUUUUAAUAAUUUUUAGCAGCAAAUAACUGCAACGAUUUGUUAAGUAACGAUUUUCGUUCCAGAAAACGGCAUUCGCUUCGAUCAACGCGACCCAAAUUUUAGUGACCGUUUGGAGUUCAUGAACAUAAAUUGUAGUCACAACAACACGGCGAACCAGACCACCUUCAGUCUCCUAGAAGACCUUCCAGUUGGAUGUUAUUUACUUCCCUUUAGGUGACGUCUUCACGUUUAUAUAGCUUAUAACAGGAACGAACAAGAACUGAAACUUGUUUACAGAAAGAAAAAAAAAACGAUUUCGGCCGGCUUAACUUUCUGCCAAGUUUAUGUUUACAAUCAGGGUUUUUUCCCUGCCUCGACCUGCCUUUGUCAUUGAAAUCCGUGUCUGCCUGUUUUAAUGAUGUAUUGUUAAGUUGGGUCUUGGUUCAUUCAUUAAGCUUGAAGUUAAGUUUGAAAAGGAAUUUAUCCUUUUCUAUUGACGGUGUCGGUGCCCGUUAUAUUUAUAUCAAGCGUUCUGGAGAUUCUUUUUUGUCUAUUAAUGCACGCGACUGCUUUAGGCUUCGCUUUAAAGUGAAGGAAUGCGUGGAUACAGCUCUGUAGCCUGGGGGGGAGUACUCCCAAUAAUGGCCUAUACGGGGAGGCUCCGCCCGACAGGGGCAUCUUUUUCAGGCUUCAGGUAUAGUCAAACCCCGUUAAUUCCGAACACUAAGGGGGCCAUAGAAAGUGUCCGUAUUAAGUGGGUUGAAUUUAGAGAAAAUGUAAGGGCUUUCUUCUCCCCCAGGGACAAAGCAAACUGCCGUCCGUAACAAUGAGGUGUAAAGCGGGGCAGGACUGUAUAUAAAAGGGUAGUGAUUUCACUAGUUGAACUAUAUAUGAAAGAGUAGGGAAAUAUGGCAUUUCGAUAUGUAAAAAGGCCCACAAUUAAAAGUCUAACAGAUGCAUUUUUUGGCUGUAAAAAAGUCGAGAAAACGUUCUGGUUUUGUGAUGUAUUCAUAUUUCAAAGACAGUGCAGCAGUUAGGGAUGCAAAGUUCUAAACCAGGUAUGUGAAACGGGUACCAUUUGUCAAUAGAAGGUAUACGAAAGGGGCACCUUUUCGGUCUAAAUUGGUAUAUAAAAGGGUAAGGGGUUGGAUCUCGGGGUUGAGCCUCCUAGUGUAAAACUUUCGUGAGUACCCCCCGGGCUCUGUAGCCGUCAACACGAUUUAGGGUAGUUAAGGAAAAAGCUUCAGAACAAUAACAAUUACUAGACCACAGAAUCACAAUAUUCCAAUUAUUGUUUCCAAUGUUGCCUGCUCAGGCAAGUUAAGGCACGGGCUGAAAGGCUAAAAAGACCCCCCACAGAGAAUGCAAAGAUCUUUUUAAUGACGCAGAAGAAUGAAAGUUAAGGUUUCCACAUAAAUCUCACUAAAAUAGUUUUGGAAAAUUCAUCCCAAGCAUCACAUGAUAUUCCUUGGACCAUGACGUCACAAAAUCUGUUUUCUCAAACGGGGCAAGGCUGUUAAACUUCAGGUUAAAAAUGCUUGUCAUCAAAUUGUCAGCCAAACUGUCUGGAUUGUCAAUUAGCCUUGCUGGGUUGGUAAAAGUAUUUUUGUUAAGAGUUAUUAAAGUCUUUUAUAAGUCACCUGACCUGUUUUUCUUUAUUUCGUAAUCAUUGCCCUACUUAGACAUUCAUGCAAGGCUAUUUCAUAAUAUGCAGGCCAUAGGUAAAACACUGGUUCCUAAGAAUAUGUGCUGCUCUUUCAUUUCCUUUCCCCCGUUUGAAUUUGAACAUUUUGACCGUUAACGAUCUUUUGCAGGUCACGUGACUGAUAUUUGAACAAUGAAUAUGUCACAUAUUGUUAAGGCUACCAAGCUAAAUUUCAUGACGACUGAUCAAAACAAUCCGUUUCAAAUGCCACUUCGCCAAAUUAUACACAUUAUGAGGUGACUCAUGCCUUAAAAUGCCUAAGUGAUAAUUAAUUUUCAUAAAAAUCACAUUAGUUUAUGCGAUUGAAGGUUUUGCCCUAGUUAUCCGUUUGUUGGUAAGACAGGAUAGGACGCACUACUUGUAGUCUCAUCCAUGUCAUGGAAUGUUCGCGUUGCAGCGAACAAAGGAAGUUCUUGGCUACCGAUAUUGGCUACUGGCUCUUGUCAUGAAGAUAGCCGGUCGGCUGCAUUUAUCGGACUGACUUCUAUACUAGCUGGUCAUACCUUUCUCUUAGAAUUUAUUUCUGAGCUAUUGACGGUGUCGGUGCCCGUUAUAUUUAUAUCAAGCGUUCUUGGAAUUCUGUUUUUCUCUAGUAAUGCACCCGACUGCUUUAGGCUACGCUUUAAAGUGAAGGAAUGCGUGGAUACAGCUCUAUAGCCCAGGAAGAGGGGGGGGGGAGUACUCCCUAUAAUGGCCUAAACGGGGAGGCUCCGUCCGAAAGGGGUAUCUUUUAUAGUCAAAGCCCGUUAAUUCCGGACACUGAGGGGGUCAUAGAAAGUGUCCGUAUUAAGUGGGUUGGAUUAAGAGAAAAUGUAAGGGCUUUCUUUUCCCCAGGGACAAAGCAAACUGCCGUCCGUAACAAUGAGGUGUAAAGCGGGGUUUGACUGUAUAAAAGAGGGUAGUGAUUUCACUAGUUGAAGUAUAUAUGAAAGGGUAGGGAAAUAUGGCAUUUCCAUCUGUAAAAAGGCCCACAAUUAAAGGGAUAUUAAACAGAUGCGUUCUGGUUUUGUGAUGUAUUCAUUUUUCAAAGACAGUACAUUUACAGCAGUUAAGAAUGCAAAGUUCUAAACCAGGUAUGUGAAACGGGUACCAUUUGUCAAUAGAAGGUAUACGAAAGGGGCACCUUUUCGCUCAAAAUUGGUAUAUAAAAGGGUAAGGGGUUGGAUCUCGGGGUUGAGCCUCCUAGUGUAAAACUUUCGUGAGUACCCCCGGGCUCUGUAGCCGUCAACACGAUUUAGGGUCGUUAAGGAAAAAGCUUCAGAACAAUCAAAGUUACUAGACCACAGAAUCACAAUAUUCCAAUUAUUGUUUCCAGUGUUGCCUACUCAGGCAAGUUAAAAUAUCUGUACCGGCAAAUUUUCAACAUUUAGUUUCGGCCUCAAAAUCUUUCUACAGUAAGUUCAGUUGAUGUAAUAUGUAUAUCUGUUUUUUUUUUCGAAUAUACCUUCGCGGAGUAAAUCUACUCAAAAGUUGACCGAUUUACCGGAAGUUAGAGAACAAUUUUCAUUUCCCUUACUAAGAAAAAAGACUGCAGGAGACACCAGGACCGCAAUUUGACUCCCCUUUUCAGCAUCAAUUUAGAUUGAUGCGUUCAACAAAAUUUAUUCACUGCUUGGAUUCAUUGACAAACUACAGCCGCUGUAUGUUCUUGAAUUUGAUUUUUCUUGCUUCUGUUCAAGCUGUGAUGACUAAUAUUACUUGCUUCUAGUCAAAAUACGUUUCGUUCUUACUCCCUUUUCCAGUACUUAUUAUUGUAUAAAAUUUAUAUCAUAUCGGCGUGUCUUCUCACCUGAUAUAUUCCGACAAUUUUGCGGGGAGAGUAAACGUUCUCUCGGUCCUAAUCCUCUGGUCUGUUUUUCUGCCGAUUUCUUUCUCUUUACAGAAGAAUGCAAAGCUCUAAACCAGGUAUGUGAAACGGGUACCAUUUGUCAAUAGAAGGUAUACGAAAGGGGCACCUUUUCGCUCAAAAUUGGUAUAUAAAAGGGUAAGGGGUUGGAUCUCUGGGUUGAGCCUCCUUGCGUAAAACUUUCGUGACUAGCUACCCCCGGGCUCUGUAGCCGUCAACACGAUUUAGGGUCGUUAAGGAAAAAGCUUCAGAACAAUAAAAGUUACUAGACCACAGAAUCACAAUAUUCCAAUUAUUGUUUCCAGUGUUGCCUACUCAGGCAAGUUAAUAUCUGCACCGGCAAAUUUUCAACAUUUCAUUUCGGCCUCAAAAUCUUUCUACAGUAAGUUCAGAUGAUGUAAUAUGUAUAUCUGUUUUUUUUUUUCGAAUAUACCUUCGCGGAGUAAAUCUACUCAAAAGUUGACCGGUUUACCGGAAGUCAGAGAACAGUUUUCAUUUCCCUUGCUAAGAAAAAAGACUGCAGGAGACACCAGGAGCGCAAUUUGACUCCCCUUUUCAGCAUCAAUUUAGAUUGAUGCGCUCAACAAAAUUUAUUCACUGCUUGGAUUCAAUGACAAACUGCAGCCGCUGUAUGUCCUUGAAUUUGAUUUUUCUUGCUUCUGUUCAAGCUGUGAUGACUAAUAUUACUUGCUUCUAGUCAAAAUACGUUUCGUUCUUACUCCCUUUUCCAGGACUUAUUAUUGUAUAAAAUUUAUAUCAUAUCGGCGUGUCUUCUCACCUGAUAUAUUCCGACAAUUUUGCGGGGAGAGUAAAACGUUCUCUCGGUCCUAAUCCUCUGGUCUGUUUUUCUGCCGAUUUCUUUCUCUUUACAGAAGAAUGCAAAGCUCUAAACCAAGUAUGUGAAACGGGUACAAUUUGUCAAUAGAAGGUAUACGAAAGGGGCACCUUUUCGCUUAAAAUUGGUAUAUAAAAGGGUAAGGGGUUGGAUCUCUGGGUUGAGCCUCCUUGCGUAAAACUUUCGUGACUAGCUACCCCCGGGCUCUGUAGCCGUCAACACGAUUUAGGGUCGUUUAGGGAAAAGCUUCAGAACAAUAAAAAUUACUAGACCACAGAAUCACAAUAUUCCAACUAUUUUUUCCAGUGUUGUUAAGGCAUGGGUUGAAAGGCUAAAAAGACCUCCCACAGAGAAUGCAAAGAUCUUUUAGUUUUUAAUGACGCAGAAGAAUCCAAGAAAAGGGUCCCACAAAGAUAUUUAACAAUUAUUCCUCGAGCCCGAAUGGGCUCUGAGGCAAUAGCCCAUGAGGCCGAACGCCGAAUGGGCUAUUUACUUAGAGGCCAAACGGGGCAAGGCUGUUAAACUUCAGGCUAACUUUGAAUGCUUGUCAUCAAAUUGUCAGCCAAACUGUCUGGAUUGUCAAUCAACCCUGCUGUCAGUUGUUUUAAAUGGGGAAGGGGAGGGGGGAAUUCGUGCAUCCGAAAACCCCCUUUCCUUUUUGAUACCUGUCACACAGGCUAAGUCCCCCCGGAUCCUAUUCAACUAGCCUGCGUCACAGACCUAAUCUAACCCCGGUUAGAAAUGUCUGAGAAGCAGUGCCGAUAUCCUUGUUUUGGGUCCCCAUUGGACUCCGGAAUUGAAUUACCGGAAAUGUGUGUCAAAUUUCCUUCAACCUGAUUGGCAAAUUGAGAAUGGCUUUUUUAACAGGCCAAUCAUGGCACAUACUCAAAUCCUGGUAAGGUGGGGCCCCAGAACAAGAACUUCAGCGUUGCUUCGCAGACGGACUUAACCAGAAGUUAAGUCAGUUCCAUCUGUGGCGCAGGCUAUAUUCAACUUGUUUCCUGGGAUUAUUGUAAUACAGUUGACUCCCGAUAACUCGAACCUCGCCCUAGCUGGAACCAAUGAUUUCCUUCAUACAUUUAGUCAGGGUUGAAAAUUAAAUCACGGCUUUUAGCCUGAAUCUUUAGGCUUUUUUGUCAAGCCUUAUUGUUUCCCCGGCUAUCAAUAAUGAAUAGGUUUGCUUUGUACGUGUUCAGCAUGUUCGCGAGCGACGAGGAGCUUCGUCGGCCACAGGCCGACACGUCUUCGGCCGAAGGGCGAAGACACGAACGGCGAAGCCGCGAGAAAAACCUCUGGUGCAGAGCGCCCUGUUUUACCGUGCUAGAUGGACCUUGACCUUGUCUCUAAUCUGUCAAUCAAACCGGCGGUCGCAAGACUGAUUUUUAAUAGCUAAUUUAAAAGUAAUUACCAAGGGAGGAACGACGCGCUCUAGCCUAAAGAGCGACAUCAACUUUAGAAAAACAAGCUGGAGUUUAAAAAUCAUUGCUAAUCUUGUCACAGUUCAGUUAUCCAUAUUUUAUGUAGCUUUAGUUUAAGCUGCAAUCCGUUCUUCGAAAUUUGGAUCUGUAAAUCACUAAGGAGAAUUUUUAAACAUGCAUCCUCCAAAAAUUACUAACGAGCUAAGCCUUGCGUGACAGAACAUUGCAGGAAAUCUCUCACCUUCACAUUCACGGACAAAAGAAAAUCACUCUUAGUUAUUCAGAUCCAGGAGGCACUUUGGACAAAAUUUAAAAACAACCUAAAAGUUUACUUAGCCGCAAUGAAGAAGUUUACGUUUCAAAAGAGGUCAAAGUAAAUGCUGUCGACUCGCAUCAGAAGGCAAAUCAUUCCGACCAGAAAUGAACUGCAGAAAAUCAAUAUGCGGCGUGCCAGGACCUCUCAGUUAGCCUGUUCCAGGCUUUCAGAUAGUGGGGAAGACGCGAAAGUGUAGGGCGCGCGAAAAUGGUGGCGGGCGGGAAAAAAAGGAAAAGGAAGGAAGGGAGAGAGAGCUCCGCCGCCUCCCCCUCUCUCCAGUUUCCUCCCGUCUUUUUUCUUAUUCGCGCUUUCUCAAUUCCGCGGGCCCGACUAUCUCGGAGCCUGGAACAGGCUACCUCUCAGUAUGAAACAGGAGGCAAAAAUAAUGCGCAUUUGCUCAGUCAUAAUCUACCCGCUAGAGAAAAAAUUCAUUUGAACAAGCAGCCUUUUGGGAGGAGGUAAAAGUCGUGUGUUGCCUGCCGACCCCCUUUUUACACACUGAAUCAUGCCAGGUAGUAACUGGAACAGCAGUGAUUUUCCAUCUAGGUCAUCUAGCCGGUCGGCAGGACCGCCAAUAUGUCUUUCCUUACAAUGCCCUCUCUUAGUAACGCAAUUAUUUCCUCCACUCCCUCGAAUGUUCCAGUGACUUCGGCUAUUGCCUUAUCUAAAUCUUUUGUUGGUACAGGCAUCUGAUAUUUCCUAUUCUCUUCCAAAAAGCGAAAACGUACGUGAUGUGUGCUUGAAUUGUUUUGAUUUGAUCUGCCACCUUCAAACACCCGCGUCCGGAGCACGCGCCUAUUGUGAUUAUAAUCCAAUCAGAGCAUUUGAAACAUUCGAUAUCUCCAAGGAUCCAAUCAGCAAAACAUCCAGGAUGUUUUGGUGUACGUAGGGUUGUAAUUGGCUCGGCGCUAUGAAAGGAAUGGCGCUCUGGUCCAGAGGCUUUUCGCGCGGGUCACUUUUUAAGACUUGACCGAAACCGGAAACCGCGCAUGAAAAGCCUCUGGAACCCAGGGUAGUUAAGCAACGGCUGAUGAUUUCAAAUUCUUGGAACCUCUAAUGAACACAUUUCUUACUGGUAAUUUCGUCGCCCACUAUUUGCAAAUCCCGGCAUGUUAGAAUCAUACGGAAAGAAUCAUUUGGGAGAUAUUUGUUUGUCUUUUUCCAGCUUUUGUAUGUAGAUGUUUUCACCGACAUCACUGAUUCAUGUGUGAUGAAAAAGGCACGUUCCAUGAAUCACUUUUUUCACAGUUCCGCGAUCUCUGUGUGUGUACAGCUGUUUCGAGAAAGGUUGUCGGAAGAAAUGCGCACGCGACAAUCCCGAAAUGUAAUAUGGGAUAUGAUCAAUAAACUGUUCGUAACGACUGAAGCUGUCGAACCUACUGUUGUUGCUUUCCUUUAGUACUCACAAACAUAUGUCCGUGGCCUCCCGUACCAUUCUUUCAAAUUUCUCUGAAGAAAAGUGCCCUCAAAGCCACCCACAAUACCUUUCGGGAUUGUCGCGUACACUUUUACCGACAACCUUUCUCGAAAUAGCUGUAUACUAAUUAACGGAAUCUGCCUAGCGCCUGACAAAAAUCUUUUUGAACUGAAAUUUCACUUUCUUCCUCGAGAAACUUUGAAAAUAUAAAGUGAUUUUAAAAGGAUUUCGCCCACAACUUUUACGUUUCACACUUGAACAAACGCAUAAAAGAAUUAGUCGUCCAUGGUGAACAAGAAUUCUCUUUUCUCUCUUUUUUUCUUUUGCGGUACACUUUAUGGUGUUUCGAUACAGUUUUUCAGAGGUCAUACCGAUAUUAGUUUCAAUCGCUUUGAAAGUGGUUUUUUCCUCUUCCGAUCGCUAUAAAAUUUUCACCAUCGAUUGGCUUUAAUUAGACUGAAAUUUGUCAAAAUGUGGUUUUAAGUAAAAUCGAUAUUACUAUGACAACAAUAAACAAAAAACUUUGAAAUUGAUAAAAGCUGAAUUUUGUAUGAUCUAGGCCAACUACUGAAAAUACAAUACUAGGAACUUAAAGUUUGGUGUUUAACAAACAGUCUCCGUAAGAAGUAUAAAAUUCUGUAUGUUUGAAUUCGACUAAAACAAAAAUAUAUUUCAAACCUUAAAUUUUCAAUAGCCGUGAUAGAUUAUUUAAUAAAAACGUUAUAAAUGACUCAAAUUAUUCUUAACUAGUGUCAGAAUGCUGCUUAAUAUCAUAUUUUGAUGCUAGGAAAUUUUGGUGUAUUUUCGUUCUUGCGAUCUAAAAAACUAACCCGUUUUCUCACCACCUAUCUAAGUGCAACUUCAUUCAAAAUUUGGACUUUUUGCGCUUUUUUGUAUAUCUCUGAAACGACUCGAACGAAUUUUUUAAAAUCUCUUCACAUAAUCUUCAUAAUGUAUACAAUAAGGUCUGAAACUUUCAUUGAGAUUGAUUUACUGUAAGACAAACCUAACCUACGAACCUGUCAAAAAUCUGCGUUAGAACAUCGACUGUUUUGACGUUAUGCUAAUUUUUCCAAAAUAAUGCGCACUAUACAUACUUCCAUGACUAGUACAUUUUAGUUUGAAUUUAUAGCAUCUUUUGAAUAUAAAACAUUGACAAUACUCACACUGAAAUGUACUAGUCAUGGAUAUAUGUAUUGUCCGCAUUAAUUUGGAAAAAUUAGCGUAACGUCAAAACAGUAAAUGUUGUAGCGCAGAUUUGUGACCGGUUCGUAGGAUAGGUUUGUCUUGACAUUUCAAGGUGUUUAAUGCAGUGAAUCAAUCUUAAUGAAAGUUUCAGACAUUAUUAUAUACAUUAUGAAGAUUAUGUGAAGAGAUUUUGAAAAAAAUUCGUUCGAGUCGUUUCAGGUGGUUAGAAAACGGGUUAGUUUUUAAGAUCGCAAGAACGAAAAUACACCAAAAUUUCCUAGCAUCAAAAUAUGAUAUUAAGCAGCAUUCUGACGCUAGUUAAGAAUAAUUUGAGUCAUUUAUAACGUUUUUAUUAAAUAAUCUAUCACGGCUAUUGAAAAUUUAAGGUUUGAAAUAUAUUUUUGUUUUAGUCGAAUUGAAACAUACAGAAUUUUAUACUUCUUACGGAGGUUGUUUGCUAAACACCAAACUUUAAGUUCGUAGUGUUGUAUUUUCAGUAGCUGGUCUAGAUCGCGCAAAAUUAGGCGUUUAUCUGUUUCAAAGCUUUUUGUUUAUUGUUGUCAUAGUAAUAUCGAUUUUACUUAAACCUACUCUUUAAGAAAUUUCAAUCAAUAGUCAAUCAUUGGUGAAAAUUUUAUAGCGAUCAGACAAGGAUAAAAUCACUUUUAAAGCGAUUGAAAAAUAUCGGUAUGGCCUCUAAAAAAGUUUUUAAAAUGUUUGUUAGCUGCUCUAUUGUCUGACAUGAAAUGUUUACAACAGCAUUACAGUGACUUACAUUUCAAUGGGCCAAUCAAAACAUCGGCUGCCACGACCGGCAGCAAGCUGCUAAUUUGGAACCCAGUUUACUGUAAUAAUUUUUACCCUUGGUGACUAGAACCCUCGAUAGCUCUAAUCUCCCUUUAACUCAAGUAAUCAUGUCUUCUUUCCCUGUAGAUCAUUUCUAUAUAAUCUCACCCUUGAUAAUUCGAACCAUGUUUUGAGUGUGCAACAAGUCAGAAUAAAAAACAGUGUGCUGAAGUCUGCAACAUUGUCAGACUUUAUAUCACAGAAACAACCGUGUCAGUUCUUUGUCUUUUCUUUAAUGUCACUCCACUUCAAAUUCAGUAUUCAUCCCUCUAUAUUAAUCAAGCUUUGUUGUAUAAUUCUUUUAUCAAUCUAUAUAUCUUGCUGCCCUCAAAGUGAAGUGUGCAUGAUACUUGUAUUCCGGACGUAGUUAAUCAAUAAACUGAUAAUCCAUAGAGAUCGAUAUCAAUCAUCGAUGAACAUCCAUUUCCAACAUCAAUUGAUCAAUAGAAAUCGAUAAAGAAAAAAAGUUGUGGCUUCGAUUAAUAUCGAUUUCCGAUAGAAAUCGAUAAUGAGUUUUUAUCGAUUGUUAUCGAUUACUAUCGAUUAAUAUUAGAAAAGACUUAAGUCAUUAUUCGGUAGAAGUUCAACAUUAACACAAUGUUGUCUGUAGCGUAUUAUUGAGUCAUUCAGUCCUGACAUUAUGCAGUUCUUUUAAUUGAUAAAAUACUAAAAGAACAAAACACUAACAGGAACAAAUUGCUCUUUGUUUGUAGUUUUUAGCUUAAGUACAGUUCAUAAUAAGGAAAGAAAUAUUAAUGCAAAAGUGGCAAAAAGUGCUGUAGCAACUCCAUAAAUAUGGAGCAUGAUAAACCCAGAUAAUAAAUAAUGGUAACUGAGCGAGCGAGAUUUGGGAAUAAAUCACACUGUUGAGAGCCAAUCAGAUUGCACGGAUCGCCACAACCUAGUGAUUUCAAGGUGGAUGCAAUUAAUAAUGGUAAUUGAACUGAGUGGAGUGCAAUUGGGUCUGAAAUAAUACGAGUGACUUCAAAAUCGGAUGAGCGCGCAGUACCAGUUCGAUUUGAAAUCACAAGUAUGAUUUCAGACCAAAAUUGCACGACACGAAGUUCAAUUACCUACUGCCAUUUUGAAAUCUCAGAAUUCAGGCAGUACCAAUAUAUAUUUUACUGACCAAGAAGCCAGUUUGUUGAAAAGCGGAAACAGAAAGGCUUUUACAUCUCGUUUUGUAUUCGAAACAGAAAUGAUGCGACAUAGAGCAAAAAUAGUGCGAUUUAAAACAGAAAUGAUGCGAUUUAAAACAUGAAUGACGCGAUUUAGAACAGGUUAUUUGUGAAUUAAUCACAUUGCUGAGAGCCAAUAAGAUUGCAGGGAUCACCAGUGAUUUCAAAAUGGAUAUAAUAAAAUCGAUUAAUAUCGAUGAUGUAGAUUGAUUUCGGAUGUCGAUUUUUAUCGAUUAACUUCGUCUGGUUGUAUUCCUUCCCCAUCCAUUUCCUUAUUUCCGGUUAUUUGCUUCGAACUCCCGAUAACUCGCACCUUUUUCGAUUUCCCUAGAAGGUUCAAGUUAUCGAGAGUCAACUGAAUUUCAAAUGCACAAAUCCUUAAGAAGGAGACUGCUCUAGCUGUGGGCUUUGAAAGUUGACCAAACUUUCAAACUUAGGAUAAUUGUCAAAAGUAUUUUUUUUUACCCCGGCCCAAACCAUCUCUCCCGGCGGCAUUUAAAAUUUUGCAAAAAUAACAACUCCAAAAGAAAACCUACCGUAGAAAGGAAGUAGAUCAUAGUGUCAAGGGUUAAACUCUGCAGAACUGUGGUAAUGUUAAGUGCAGAUUCUCUUCUCGUCUGUUUGGGUAAAUUGCCCACAACGAAAAAACAUUCAUAGAAGUCAAACUUAUGUCACCACGACUAACACACAAGAUGCACUCCACGUAAACUUGUACGUCUUGGCCUCGUUUUCAAUAGUUUGGCGAGUAUUUUCCCUUGUCUGCUUUGAUACAAUGGAUGUACCAUGGGAUCUCGCCCUAAAGUACUAAAUUUACAAUAAUUCACAACGAAUUACUUGCCGUACUCUACACAAGCAGAACUGGUUACACUUCAUUAUUUCCAAUCAUUUAGUGUAGUGCGUAUGUGCGAGAACAAUAUCUUUGCCAGUACUUUUAAUAUAUAUAUUGGUCUCACAUAAAACUCAUUUCCCAUAAAGUAGGACAUUGGGUUUCGAUGAUCCUUGACUCUGCUUGACUCCCGGGGGGUGGUACUACCAUAUAUGGGCUAUAUAGGUAUUUGCCGCUGUGAAGGGUAUGGUUUUCAAGCAGUUUACUCUAGGAUAGGAUGCAAAAAUCAGAGCGUUGGGGCCUAGAAUAGGGCAUCAUUUUUCAGGACACUGAUCAGUUGGCUGAAGGUUUUAUCUAGACUAGGGAUUGUGGUAUGAGGUUUUGUUUUGGCUAGACUGUGCUAGUGACCUCAGUAGUUUCUGGAAAACAGCUACUCUAGGAUAGGGGGGAUUUGGGGAGUUUACUCUAGUAUAGGGUAGCAAAUUCAGCUGAACUAGCUCUGGUCUAGGUUAAGGGUUCCAGGAUCCCAGCGGCACAUCCCCACCCAGAAAUUCCUAAAGUACCCCUCGGGGGGCUUGACUUCGACCGCAAGGAGAUUUAUUUUCCCUUUGUUCUCCUGGAAAAAUUGUUGCUCCCCUUUUGAAGGCUAUUUGAAAGGCAGGAGAUUUACUUUUUACGGUUAUGAUAUCGCUCUACAAAGGGAAGAGUUUUAGGAUUGAAUGUUUAUAGCCAGAUCAGUAAUUUAUUUUUUUAGGACUUGGCCACGUCGCUCAGUGCACUUUGCAGUGAGGAAGAGAGAUUUACACAAAAGGAAAUAUAAUGAAUUUAGAGAAGCGAGCGAAAGACUGCUCCAAAAUAUAAUUAUAUAAUAACCAUUUUACUUACUUGCGGAUACGAAGGACCAGUUUAGUCAUUUUGCCGACUGAAUUUCUCUUUUGAAAUACCGUUUUCGCCUUUAAAAUUACCUCUCACGGUAGAGAACUUUCGAAGCCACUUUGCCAUGCCACAUUAGCUGCAAAACCUUACGAAUUAUAUACCAAAAUGCGCCAUAUUUUAAUUAUUCCAAGCGUGCGCUGUCCAGCCAACCCAGUUUUCCACGUCCCGAUAGUUUCCCGACCGGUCACGCUUUUAAGUAAUUACAUCAAACCGCUGCCAGAAUAUGUAAAAAUGCUAUGCGUAAAUCGCGACCAAAUAACCCCCGCUUGUUAUCAAUAUUAGAUUACAUAUUUUUCAAGCUAUUUUCGGUGGUACAUUGAGGAAAGCAAUCAUACUUUGGGUUAGAACGGCAUUAUUUCGACCAAAAUUGUGUAUUUUUAAAGGUCUUUCUUAGAGCGUUCACCGGAUGUCGGCGUUAUCCGAAAUCACAUAGGGCAAACAUCGCAAUCAGACUAUACAAUACACUAUUCGCUUUCUGAGGCCUACAUGUUCUACCACGUGUCUCGCAAAUGCCUGCGAGGAGAGUCGUUUCCUGACAAAGGAAUAGGUACACGCUCUUUGCUGCCAACAAACGCAUUCAUUGCAUUUGAAGAUGUUGCUGGAUUCACAUAAUAGACAACACAUUCCAAAACUUGGAAAAAGCUUCCCUCACAGUCCAUGCUUAAAUUUUCGCUCGCCAUAUGUCAUAUGAUAUGAAAUUCAUGUUCACUAAUCUCGAGAAAUAACUAAGUUAUUUCACGAAUCACGGGUUUACUUUUGUUCACAGAUCACCAGAAAUAAAUUCUUUUGUUCACGAUUCACGGCAAUUAAAAAUCGGUCAGUGUAAAGGACUGCGGACUGCGGACUGCGGACCAGGGGUAAAAUGAAGACUGUGUGUAAAAUGCAGACUGCAGACUAAGAGUAAAACGCAGGCUGGGGUAAAAUGCAGACCGAGCAUAAACUGUAGUCGUGGAAGGGUUUAAGGGCAAAAAAAUCCUGCAAAUACAUGUAAACGAACCCUGCUUUCACAAAUCCAUUCCUUUCUUCUCUGGAACGUCGUCGACGACCCGAAAACAUUAUCGCAAUCUUGAACCUUUUUUCCGUCCGAGAGACCUCUGCAGGAAAUUUGGAUGACCUUUUAUAAAAGUAUUGGAAAUCAAGGUACGCAGACUUAAGCUGUUCAGAUGUUCAUCGAAACUUCUGGCGAAUGUGCAAUGCACUUCGACCAGGAAGCGAAGUGUGUAACUGAUACCCUACGGAGCCCAGUUAGUGCAAGCUAAUUUUUCUCAUCAAGUUUCUUUUUCACGACGUCAGGCUCUGGCACGAAUUUUUUUUUUCAGCACGACUUUUCUUCGGCACAACUUUUUUUUUGGCACGACUGUUUUUUUUCGGCACGACUUUUGUUUUCGGCACCAUUUUUUUUCGGCACGACCAGGACAGGUCACCGCCGACCAAUAUUGUUGUAGUGGCAUGGAGCACAUGGUCAUUGUAAUUCAUCAAACAAGAUGGUUGAUACAUUACUGCAAGCAAUAUCAAAAAUACAGAUAUCAUACCUUAAAGAUACCACCGACUUUAUAAAUUUUAUUGAAAGCACAAAGGUGAAAAAACGGAAAUUUCUUGUUUCGACGGACGUCACAAGUCUUCACACAAAACGAAGGCAUUUAAAUUGUCUGUAAAGCAUUUGAAAACUUCUACAAAGACAACCCUCCUAUUCCUACACAUUACCUGCGGGAAAUGCUUAGACUAAUCCUCAAAGAAAAUUCUUUCCAGUUCAAUGGAAAACACUACCUACAAACCCAUUGUACCGCAAUGGGCACAAAGACAGCAGUUUCUUUUGCCAAUAUUUUUAUGGCACAUAUUGAAACAACAAAUCUAAGCAGAACCGUUUUUAAACCUACAAUUUGGAAACGCUACAUUGACGAUAUCUUUUCCCUAUGGGACAUAAGUAAACCAGACAUGGAAGCUUUCAUCGAACAAGCAAACUUACAUCACCCAAGUAUCAAAUUCACGGCCUAAAUAUCUGACACUGAGACUGUGUUUUUAAACACGGUUGUAUACAAGGCACAAGAUUCAAGGAAAAAUCUAUCCUUGAUGUAAAGACACACUUUUUAAAAACGGAAACCUUCCAGUACACACAUUUCACCUCUUGUCACCCGCCGAUUGUUAACAAAGGAUUUGUCAAAGGAGAAGCCUUGAGAAUGCUAUGAACAAACUCCUCAAAAACCACGUUUGAGGAAAAUAUUUCAAAUUUCAAAAAACGCUCGAUUGACAGAGGCUACCCACAAACUAUGAUGGAAAAUUUUCUAUCAGAUAUAAAGUUUACAGAGAGGGAGUCUGCACUCCUGAAACACAACAACAAAGAGGAAAAAGAAAUUCCCUUUUGUGACACAGUACCAGCCCUCAGUGUCUACUUUAAAGGAACUUUUAAUGAAAAAAUGGAAUCUUAUACAAAACCAACCACUACUUCGCCAAAUUUUGAAAGAACCACCUAUCAUUUCCUACAAGAAAGGAAAAUCCCUAAAGGAUAUGCUCGUUAGAGCUAAAAUAUAAAAGGUUACACAAGGUUUCACGCCGGUAUAGAUGUGCCGCCUGUCACCGCAUUUUCUCACGAAAACAAAAAGUCGUGCCGAAAAAAAAAGUCGCGCCAAAAAAAAAAAAAGUCGUGCCGAAAACAAAAACUCGUGUAGAAAAAAAGUAUUGCCGAAAAAGAAAAGUCGUGCCGAAAAAAAGAGUCGUGCCAGAGAAAACUAACAUCUUGAAAAAGGAACUUGAGGAUAAAAAUUAUGUGGCACUAUAACUGGGUUCCUUAGAUACCGGCUAGCUAUUUCACCGAUUUAGAGAAGAAGGAGCACAAAUGUUUAAAAAAAAUCUACAGUCUUCAUUCUGCUUUUUGCACCCAGCCUGCAUUUUACACUCAGUCUGCACUUUUCCCCUGGUCCGCAGUCUGCAGUCUGCGUUUUACACUGACCGAAUUAAAAAUAGGCGUUCACGGUUCACGGAAAAUCCCCUUUCCGACCCUCUUUGAAAUAUUGUAGUAAUCAGCAUAUGGAGGCUCCAAUGAAUAACAAAUUAAAUAGCGUUGUAUAUGAUCUUCGUGUUCCGUGAAAGUUGCAGAAAUUCUCUGUGCCCGGAGCAACACAAUGAAAAAAGCAAGCUCAAUCAGAGCCAUUGCAGCUUGGGAGCCCGGGUCUGUGCAACUGGAAUGUUCAGUUCCAUUGGGCACGUGGAAUUUCCGAAUAUUUCAAACCAGAAUUUUUGUUGAUACUCAUUCCAGGAUGGCGGCUGUGAGCCAGAAGAAUGAGUGCGACUUUUAUAAGGCCCUCUCCACCAUCAGAGGGAAAGAUGGUAAAACGAAAGGAAUUGCGUGUGCAGUUGAUGUUGAUGGAAAGAAAAAAAAAGACGAAGUUGUUUUAGUAACUUGGAAGGGCUGCAUUGGGGAAGGUCAAAAUUCACUAAAAACAGUGCACCGCCAUCGGCGUAAAUUAAAAUUUAGGAGGAAUACAAAUGGAAACAUUAUCAACUGGAACCUUCAGACGACGGUAUCUUAAAGAGAGGAAAUUUUUCUUUAAUCCGGUGUGCUUCUGGGAGUAACAAUGACAAGUGGGGUGUGCGUCUCUCUCUUCGAUGUUUGAACGAAGAAGGGCAAAAGACAAACCUCAAGGCCUAUACGAUACAUGGUGAUAGUUACCAUCCCCUGACAUUAACUUACGAUGAAAGUACUAAUAAACACCAUCUUGGCAUUAACAAACUGGAUCAAUACGCGAAUCUCAUGUUACAAGGAGCUCCAAUCAUUGAAAACGAAGAAUAUCUUGUGGGAGUUUUAAAGGAUGAAGAAGGUAUCUGCACUCCUCUUUUCAUAAAAGAAGGAGAACUUGGUGAGUG